CAGACACCCCAGCUGCGCUUCACACAGCCUCAUUAGACAGCAACAGAAGCAAGAGAGAGAGAGAGACUGGACACCCCAGUUCUUCAGCACAAAAGGAAGUGGGGUUGCACCAUGAACCGUAGUUUGGGGAUGGAGGCACAGGCUCGUCUCACAGACAUGUUGGAAAUUACUGCCCAGAGCCUGGUGAGCAUGGAAGUAGCAGACCACUACCAAAUCAUCAAGGAGCUGGGCAAGGGGAAAUACGGCCAGGUGGUCCUGGUGAUGCACAGGCAAAGAGGGACCCCGAUGGCUCUCAAGCUACUACCUAAAUCUAGCACCAAGCUCCAGAAUUUCUUAUAUGAAUACUGUGUGGCACUCUCACUUUCUGCACAUCCUGCCAUCGUUGGUAUGUUUGGCAUUGCUAUAGAGUCCAGCCAGCAUUACGGUUUUCUCUAUGAAGCAGCCCUGCAUCGAGACCUUAUCUCCAUUAUCAAGCCCAAGGCAGGCAUCCCUGAGAAGGCAGCCAAACUCUGUGCCAAGCAACUAGUAAGUGCAUUGGACUUUAUACACAGUCGGGGCCUGGUGUAUCGAGAUGUUAAACCGGAGAAUAUCCUGCUUUUUGACCGUCACUGCCACUGCAUUAAACUGACAGAUUUUGGAUUGACCCGACCCCAGGGCACUCUGCUGCAGCUUGUGACGGGGGUCAUCCCUUAUACUGCACCUGAGCUAAGCCGGGGCACUGCUGGCACCCCAGGGCUACCCAUUGAUGCCAGUCUUGAUGCCUGGGCUCUUGGGGUGCUGAUCUUCUGCCUGCUCACUGGCUACUUUCCUUGGGAAAAGACUCUACCCGAGGAUUCCUUUUUUGACGACUUUGUGAUAUGGCAAGAAUCAGGUUCAGAUGAAGAUCUGCCAUUUCACUGGCGCCCUCUGUCUCAAGAUUGCAUUGCUAUGUUACAAAAUCUUUUAGCCCUGGAGCCUACCAAGCGGGGGCCCAUCCGCCAAGUACUCAGCUACCUGGAUCGGCCUUGGCGAGCAGACUUGGCUGCUAAAAAUGCCAUCUGAGCGGAAAUUUAUCUGACUGGUUGGGGGUGGAGGGAGGGCCUCCCCAUUAUUAUGUAUUUGCAAAAAAAAAAAAAAAGUAAAGAAAUGCUAUGCAUUGGGUAUUUUACAACAGUUCUCAAUGCAAUGGUGGGAUUCAGUCGGUUCACACCGCUUCAGGCAAACCAGUUGUUAAAUUACCCAUCCCCCACUAUCAAAGUGGAUCCCGGCACUGCGCUGCAAUAGAGAAAUAAGCAACAGAGUAGCCAGUGCGAGAAAAGGAGAAGGCCGCUUUCCAUCCUCCUUCCCACAUGCCGGCUGCUCCAUUGCCCAUUUCUCUAUUGCAGCACAGUGCAGCACCCAGAAUCCACUUUGAUGGUGUGUGUGUGUGUGUGUGUGUGUGUGUGUGUGUGUGUGUGUGGUAAUUUAACAAGCAGUUCACCCAGAGUCAGGUUGGCCAUUGUGGGAGGCUUGUCCCACAUGUGUGGUGGAACUGGAGGACAGGGAUGGACCACGCCUCCCAUAACAGCCAACCAGACCCUGGGCAAACUGGUUUUUAAAUUAUUUGAAUCUCACCACUGCCUCAAUGUAUAUACCUUUUGAAUGGUUUGGUUUUAUUGGGAGAGUCUAAAUCAAUGCAUGUGAUCAUGUUUAAGACAAUUAUAAAACAUGAAGGUAAAUAUUUUUGUGUUAGUAAGUUGGAAUUUUAAUUAUGAAAAUAUAUCAUUUUCAUUUAACAAACUGUUACUUUAGAUUUUGCUCUUAAUGAUAUAUAGUGAUUCUAAUCAUGUAUACUAGUAAGCCAGAAUGCAGUUUAUCUGGUUUCAGCUUAGGCUGACAUUGUGUCAUUGUGGUUUGUGAACCAUUCUUUAUAGUUUAGUCAAGAAGCCAUGCUUAAAAAAACCUAUGGCUUAGCACAAUAUGUGAACCUAGUCAACUACUGUUUAACACUUUGCAGUCAUACUUGUUUUAUUUUGGCUUAAUUUGCCAUGGAUCCAAUCACAGUGAUUUUUUUAACAGCAGAGAUGAACAACCUGCAAAUCCAGGGCUACAUAUGGAUUAUCUUUUGUAUAAGAAGACCCUCUCUAGCACAAUUACUAAAAUAUGUGUGGCAAAGUUUCAGGCCAGGAGUGACAAAAAAUGAAAAUUGAUAGUUAUAAACACUAAUAUAGAUUAUAGAGGCAAAAAUCAAAUAAGAUUCUCAGGAAGCCUCCUAUAAAUAAAUAUCAGGAAUACUGAUCUCUGAUUAUUAUAGUUCUAAUUCAAUGGCACUCUGACUUUUAAAUCAAAACAAUAAAUCAAACAAACAAACAAACAAACAAACAAAUUUUAAAAGUUAGGAUGCAUUGAAUUAGAAAUAUAUAAAUAAAUAAAUAUAUGUAGGUCUUUGGUUGUUCGGGUUUUCUCCCGUGUAAAAUUGGAAGUGUCUUGG